UCCCUUGGCCUCGCAACUUAACUACUCAAAAGUUCACAACACACCUUCUUCUCUAACUAAAGUCGUAUAGCUGCAGAGUCUUUGUCUUUUCAAGACGUUUCCUGCCCAAUAAUUGUUUCCUUUGAGGGUAUUUCGCUUUAAUUUACUCCGACUUGAUAUUUGUUAAAAUAAGAGUAGACCAAAUACUUUUCUUAAUGACUUUUUAGUUUUUAGUAGAUUUUUUAUUUUUUAUUUUAAAUCAAAGAAGACUUGUAUAUUAUUUGUAGAGUAACUCUCACGGUUAGAUAUAAAAAACAAUUCUAAAGUCAACUCUCUGAUAUAUGCCUAGAGGGAAUAUUUUUCCUGAACUUUGAACGUCGAAACUGUCAUUUGAGUCUCUCCCUUAUGCAUUAUAUGACCUGAUCAAACAAGGCUUACCUCUUGUGUCUCGUUAACCAAUGGCUCAAAGAUUGCAUCUUCUUCUCUCUAUAAUCUUGUUUGUUAAUUUGAUUCGCUUUUCAAAUCAACAAGACUUAAGUUUCGUCUACAACGGCUUUAACCAAGGCCAAGGCGAUCUUCUCCUUGACGGUCUUGCAAAAAUCCAACUCCCAGGUGGACUUUUGCAGCUAACCGAUGCCACGGCUCAGCAAAAGGGUCACGCUUUCUUCAACCGUCCGUUCGAUUUUGGUUCAGCUUCUUCAUCACAGUCUCUAUCUUUCUGGACUCAUUUCGUUUGCGCUUUAGUCCCUAAACCAGGAGCUGACGGUGGUCACGGGGUUGCCUUUGUUCUAUCCUCUUCAAAGGAUCUCACACAAGCAGACCCAACUCAAUACUUAGGACUCUUCAACAUCUCAACUAAUGGGUCUCCUUCUUCUCAGAUUCUAGCCAUCGAGCUGGAUACCGUCGAAAGCGCAGAGUUUGACGACAUCGACAAAAACCAUGUCGGUAUAGACGCAAACAAUCUCCACUCUGUUGUGUCUGCUCCAGCUUCUUAUUAUUCCGACAGAGAAGGAACGAACAAAAGCUUGACACUCUUGAGUGGAGAUCCUAUCCAGGUGUGGAUUGACUACGAAGAUACUCUACUCAAUGUUACAUUAGCUCCUCUAAGAAACGAGAAGCCAAGUAAGCCUCUUUUGUCAAGAAACAUCAAUCUCACAUCAGUUUUCCCGGAUGGAAAAGCAUUUGUCGGGUUCUCUGCAGCAACUGGGUCACUGAUCAGUUACCAGUACAUCUUAGGAUGGAGUUUCAGCACAAGCAGAGUUUCAUUACAGAGCCUUGACUUCUCUAAACUUCCCACGGUCCCUCGUCCUAAGAUACCGAAGAAAACAUCUUCUCUGCUUAUUAUUCUACUGGUUAUACUCGGCCUCCUAGUAAUGGCUGUUCUUGUAGGAGUUUGUGUGUACAGGAGAAAGAAGUAUGCAGAAGUCAAAGAGCCAUGGGAAAAGCCAUACGGUCCACUUCGCUAUACCUACAAGUCUUUAUAUAAAGCAACAGGAGGGUUUAGAAGAGAUGGCCGUCUUGGAAAAGGAGGUUUUGGAGAAGUCUUUAAAGGAACUAUGCCUCUUGUAGGAGAUAUAGCGGUUAAGAGACUAUCACACGAUGCUGAGCAAGGGAUGAAACAGUUCGUUGCUGAAGUUGUGACGAUGGGUUGUUUACAGCACAAGAACUUGGUUCCUCUUCUAGGGUAUUGCAGGCGAAAAGGCGAGUUGUUGCUGGUCUCCAAGUACAUGGAAGGAGGUAGCGUUGAUCAAUAUUUGUUUCAAGAUGAUAAACCACCUCUUUCGUGGUCUCAAAGACUUGCGAUUUUGAGAGAUAUUGCAUCUGCGCUAUGUUACUUGCAUACGGGAGCUAGUCAAGUUGUUUUGCACCGAGAUAUCAAAGCUUCUAAUGUCAUGUUAAAUGGAAACUUACAAGCGUUUUUAGGAGAUUUUGGGAUGGCUAGGUUUGAUGACCGUGGCGCUAACCUCUUAGCAACGGCAGCUGUUGGAACCAUAGGUUACAUGGCCCUCGAGCUAACAUCAUCAGGAACUUCAACUAGAACCGAUGUGUAUGCAUUUGGUGCAUUCAUGCUUGAAGUAACGUGUGGGAGGAGACCAUUUGAUCCCGAGAUGCCGGUUGAGAAGAGACAUUUGGUCAAAUGGGUUGUUGAAUGCUGGAAAAGGGGCUCUUUGGUUGAUGCUAUAGAUAGAAAAUUGGGAGGUAAAUUCAUACCUGGGGAGGUCGAAAUGGUUCUGAAACUCGGCUUGCUCUGUACAAGUAUUGUACCUGAUUCACGACCAUCAAUGGAACAAGUGGUGCAAUACAUAAACAGACACCAAAUGUUGCCUGAUUUAUCUCCAGAUACUCCCGGAAUUGGAGUUUCCACGCCAGUGUUAAUGGGAGUACCUUUCCUGGCAAUUUCUUCCACUUCAGGGAUCUCAUCAGCAUCACCACCAUCGGUUUCUUCUUCCCCUGCCAACAACUCAAUGUUCAUUUCUCACACAAUCAUGUAUGGUGAUGGAAGAUGAAAUCUGACAACUCGAUCGCGUGUCUCUUUGUCCGUAAUCUAUAAACUCUGUAUAGUUGUAUUAGUUCUGUUGUAGAGAAAUCUUUAUUUGGGACACAAGUAAUCUAUGUAAAAGUAAGAUGUAUAAAUAUUUCUCUAAAUGGCAUGUAUUGUUUAUGUGAACUAGGUGGUGUUUUAUAAAUCUAUACUAUAAACAUUAUAAAUACUUUUAUAUAUAACUCUAUACCAUAUACCAUAUAAAAUACAAAAAUAUCUUAAUUUAAAAAAUUAUAUUAAACACGAAUUGAGAACUUCAUAUUUUAAUUUUUAAAAAUUUGCAACAAAUUUUCAAGAAAAAGUAUAAAAUUUAAACCUAUUAAGAAUCCCCCAUUGAAAAUUUUGUUAUCAAUAAUUUAAGAAUUUUAUUAUAAAAAUAUAUGAAUAUAUACUAAUAAAAGGAAUCUUUUGAGGCUCCAUAAAGCGUCCACAUAAUCAUAUAAUCAUAUUAUUCGAAAAAGCCACGUGACAUCAUUACUAUUAUUACAUUAUAACAUUAAAUCACAUUAUUACCAUUUAAAUAUAUAAAUAUAUAAAUACGAAAUAUAAGUAAAUAUACAUUUAUAUAUAUAAAUAUAUAAUAUACGAAAUGUAAGUAAAUGGAAAUUUAAAUUUUUAAAUAUAUAAUAUACGAAAAUAAUAAUAAUAAGUAAAUACACAAUUCAAAAAAUAGAAAUACUACAUUAAACAUCUAUCUUAAAAUGCAAAAAUUAAAUAUAAGUAAAUAUACAUUUAAAUAUGUAAAUAUAUAAUAUAUGAAAAAAUAAUAAUAAGUAAGUACACAAUUUAGAAAAUAGAAAUACUAUAUUAAAAAUGUAAUAUACAAAACUUUUUGAGACUCCAUAGAGCGUCCGUCCACAUCACUAUAGAAUCUUUAUUCGAAAAGAAGUCACGUGGCGUCAUUACUAUUAUUACAUUAAAUCACAUUAUUACCAUUUAAAUAUAUAAUAUAUGAAAUAUAAGUAAAUAUACAUUUAUAUAUAUAAAUAUAUAAUAUACGAAAUGUAAGUAAAUGGAAAUUAAAAUUUGUAAAUAUAUAAUAUACAGAAAUAAUAAUAAUAAUAAUAAUAAUAAUAAUAAUAAUAAUAAUAAGUAAAUACACAAUUCAAAAAAUAGAAAUACUA